CAGAGUGGCAUUAUUAGAGAAAACCAAACACAAAUAUUUUUGAGCAGUAAAAGAAGACGCUGAGGACCAAGAUGUUGUGACGCCGUGUUUACAGCUGGGACAGCCAUGUACGUGAGCUCGCUCUUGGAGAAGGAGCCCAGCAUGUACCCAGGACCUGCCAGGGCCAGCAACAGCCUGCCCGUGCAGAACUUCGUGUCUGCCCCAGCCUACUCCGACUACAUGGGAUACCACCCCGUGGCAGCCCUGGACAGCCACGGGCAGCCGGCGCCCGCCUGGGGCUCCCACUACGGCCCCCAGCGCGAGGACUGGGGCGCCUACGGGCCAGGCCCUUCCAGCGCCGCGCCCGCUGCCCACAUCAAUGGCUCGUCCCCUGGCCAGGGCUCCUACAGCUCUGCUGACUACAGCUCCCUGCACCCCGCUGCUGCUGCUGCGCCCUUACCUCCUGUAGAUACAAUCCAUGCCCAGCAAAUCUCUCCCAACAGCCAAAGGCACAGCUCUUAUGAGUGGAUGAGGAAAACGGUGCAAACCAACACUGCUGGUAAAACAAGAACAAAAGAAAAGUACCGGGUUGUUUACACAGACCACCAGAGGCUGGAACUAGAGAAGGAAUUUCACUGCAACAGAUACAUUACCAUCAGGAGGAAGUCAGAACUCGCAGCAAACCUGGGACUCUCCGAAAGACAGGUGAAAAUCUGGUUCCAGAAUCGCCGAGCAAAAGAGAGAAAAAUGAUCAAGAAGAAAAUCUCGCAGUUUGAUGGCAGCGGGGGCUCAGCUCAGAGUGACUCUGGAUCACUCAGCCCAAAUGAACUGUCAAAUUCUCUGUUCCCACCACCACAUGCAAUAAAUGGAUUACAGCCUAAUGACAUUCAUCAAGUCAUAGUUUCAGAAUGAACAGAGGGAAAAAACCAAAACAGGAAAAAAAGGAAAAGCAAGAAUGGAUUUCUCCACCACUGCCACCCCUCACCUUGGAAACUCAGCUUCCCAAGGAACCAUUUUCAUUUAUCUGCCUUCAG